UUGUUAGUAACACUUCCAAGGUUGGAAACGCAAGGAAGAUUUUGGUGACAGACCACUUGGGUGUAGCUGUUAUAAGACGGCUUCAAACUCAUUUGUUGCCAUUCACUACACACAUAUAUUUAACUACCUCACUCAUCCUACUCACAUAUGCAUCACUUUCUCUCUCUCUCUUACCUUUUUUCACAUAUCAAACCCUUCUCUCCUCACUCUCCUUCUACGUCUUUCAUUCACCAUAACUUUCUUAAUUUCUCAGAUUCAGAUUGUGAUGGACAUGGAAGGCUUCGAUUCUAAUUCUACCCACAACAUAGCCAAGGGCAAACGUACCAAAAGGAUGAGGCUUUUGUCUGGUGUCGCCGCCACCACCACCACUGUUGCCACCACCAUGACCAUGACGUCUAGCUGCUCUAGCGCCAACUCCACCACCACUUAUGAGAGUGAAGAGGAAGACAUGGCAAAUUGCUUGAUUCUCUUGGCCCAAGGAGGGGAAUCUCAUCCUCAUCAUCAUAAUCAUCAUCAUAAUCAUCAUCAUCAUCAUCAUCAUCAUCAUCAUGACAAGCAACAACAUGUUGAAGAUCAUGAUCUUGAUAAGGUUAAUAACAACAACCUUAUCAUGACUAGUGCUGUCGCCACCACCACUACUGCUAAUACCAAAGUUGGUUUUUACGUUUAUGAGUGCAAAACGUGUAACCGAACGUUCCCUUCGUUUCAAGCGCUAGGAGGGCAUAGAGCGAGUCACAAAAAGCCGAAGGUUGUGGGUGAAGAGAAAAAGGCAGCAGCGUCUGAAUUGGCACACAUGAAUGUUGUUAGCAAUUGUGAUCGGUUUGAGGAGGCAAAUAAUGUUAAAAGUGGUCCUGAAAUUUCCCUUCAAUUGGGUCAUGGAAACAACAAGGGUAAGAUUCACGAGUGUUCCAUUUGUGGCUCUGAAUUCACAUCGGGGCAAGCAUUGGGUGGGCACAUGAGGAGGCAUAGGGCAUCCACAAACACCAACAACGGUGUUGUUGUGGACACAACAAGUUGCAACAACACUGCUCCGACAAGGAAUGUCUUGCAAUUGGAUCUUAACCUCCCGGCGCCGGAAGACGAUCUCCGGGAGCCUAAGUUUCAAUUUCCGGCCACGCAGGUGGCUUUGGUAGAUUGUCAUUAUUAGGCCAGGGUGGGAACUGGGAAGGAAUUAAUUGGAAUUUCAAAGAGUUAUUAUUAUUUUGAUUUUGAUAUCAAUGUGAAUUAUUAUUACCCUUAUUUUUUAUUUACAAAUUAAUAUUCCUAAUCAUCGAUUCUUUGGAUUAUAUAUUGAAAAUUCGACCCUUUGGUUUAUUAAUAAUUCCCAUUUUGAUAUAUGGGAUGGAUCUACUUGUUGAAGUUGGAAUACUUUGAGUAAGUAAGUGGUUAGUGUUGAUGGGUUGCCUUUCAUUCACGGAAAGGGAGUGAUCGUUCAUAAGGCAUCUUUUAUUUUAAUUAAUUAUUUUUUGGGUGUAUGUGUAGUGUGGAGUUAUAGUUUUGUGGUAAGGCAAGAGUGCAAUGAAAUGGAAUGGCAUGGGAUGGAGAUGGGGAUGGAUAUGGCUAGCUAGGGUUUGGGUUUGGCAUCACCACGACCACAACCAAAAGUCAUGGAUUAGGUUCCCUUUGUGUGCUUUCGAUUUUAUUAUAAUAAAGCUAAAAGAUCUCUUUCUCACUCA